AUGAAGGCCUUCGCAUUCAUCGUCGGCGUUAUCGCCUCCGUCGCCUCUGCUCAGCAAGCCACUCUCUGCAAGACCUACGAGUACUACUCCAGCAACGGCUAUGAGCUGAACAACAACCUCUGGGGCACCAGCGCCGCCACCGGAGGCUCGCAGUGCACCUACGUCGACAGCGUCAGCUCCACGGGCGCCAAAUGGCGCUCCAAAUGGAACUGGUCCGGAGGCCAGGACAACGUAAAGAGCUACGUCUACUCUGGACGUCAGUUCACCAAGAAGCCUGUUAGCCAGCUGAACAACAUGCAAACCGAGGCCUACUGGGUCUACGACACAAACAACAUCCGUUGCAACGUCGCAUACGAUCUCUUCACUGCCCAGGACAUCAACCACUCCACCAGCAGCGGAGACUACGAACUCAUGGUCUGGCUCGCCAGGUACAACGUCUACCCCAUCGGCACCUCUCAGGGCAUGGUCACCGUAGCUGGCCGCACCUGGGAACUCUGGUACGGACUCAACGGAUCGAUGAAGGUGUACAGCUUCGUUGCCCCCAGCGUCGUCAACAACUUCAGCGCCAACCUCAAGGAAUUUUACACCUGGUUGGCCAACAACAAGGGCUUUCCCAUCACUACCCAGAACCUCAUCACUUACCAGUUCGGUACUGAGGCUUUCACUGGUGGACCUGCUACGUUCACCGUGAACCAGUGGUCUGCCAACGCUUACUAAGUUUGUUUGUGGUACGGCGAAAACAAAAGCGCUGGUUGAUAUGACGCAUGACGCAUGACGUUCUUCUUCUGAGGCCUAGGAACUCUGUCACUACAUUUGGGCGACACUUCCAGCAAUGGCACCUUUCUUGUUGAUAUUAUUUUACAUACAUGAAUAUUUUAUGAAUCAAUGUAUAUACACAUACAUUUACAGCAUGAGCGCUACUCGGAAUGCCAUUGUGAAGUGCUUUUCGAAAACCCACGAAAAAGGAAAAUAACAGAGAUGUACAUACACAAACGUU